AUGAACUCAAUUAUCUCUACCUGUAUUUUUGUCUCCCUUGCCAUUGCUGCUAUUCAAUGUCAGCGGUGGGAACCCGAGCGGACGUGUCCCGAGUUCAACUCACGUUAUGAAGGCGAGAAUCUCAUUGUAUCACUAAAUGAUGGAUGUGACAUGGUCGUUGGGACACUUGAUAUUACUGGUUUGAGUGGCUUGGUUGCGGGCGUGCCCAAUACCGGAAGUGGAUUGUUUACACCUACGAGGGGGUUCCACAUCCCGACCGUCACGUAUAGAAGACCACAAAACUUGUUUAACACGAUCCGCCCAGGUUCGUCCAGUCAGAUGUGUCCACCAUACACCGUUCGAUAUUUGGGACCCCGUGUCGUCGUAGACACCGUCCCCAACACGUGUCAAAAGGUGCUUGGAGUGAGGACUUUCCAGACCAUGAUAUCAGGAGGGGAAGGGUCACAGAGACGCAUGGGAAUGAGGAUGGUAACAAGGGCAGUGUUCGAAAAUCCAGGACGUUUGAUAUAAACAUAUGAAAAGAUUGAUGAUAUCUGUCAGAGAUGGAAGGACAGACACGAAGGACAGACACAC